AUGGCCUUAGCUGUCGUCACCUCGGCCAGGAAACUGCGACCCUACUUUCAGUCGCACACGAUUGAAGUACUGUCCAACCAACCACUCCGAAUGGUUAUGCAGAAUACUAACCAGUCAGGACUGUUGACUAAAUGGGCGAUGGAGCUGAGCGAACAUGACAUCGUGUACAAGAAUCGCACAGCAGCAAAGUCACAGGUCCUUGCCGACUUCUUGAUCGAGUUAACACUAGAGCUGGAGCAAGACCUCAUCCUACCAAGUUUAAACUGGAUCCUACACGUCGACGGUUCAUCCACGAGUAAAGGGUCGGGGGCAGGAGUGCAACUACAAUCACCAACAGGAGAACUCAUCCGGCAGUCAUUCAGUUUUGGUUUUGCGGCGUCAAACAACGAAGCUGAGUACGAAUCCCUCAUCGCAGGGCUCCGUCUCGCAAAGGCAGUGAAAGCCAAAAGAAUCAACGCUUACUGCGACUCUCAACUUGUCGUAAGCCAGUACCUCGGAGAUUACGACGUCCGCAACGAAAGGAUGGACACCUACCUCAAACUCGUCCAAGACCUCACACGAGUCUUCGAGUUCUUCGAACUCACGAAGGUUCCUCGCGGAGAAAAUGUCUGUGCCGACGCCCUCGCUGCUCUAGGAAGCAAGCUACACGAUCAAGUCAAGAGGACAAUCCCAAUCCAUAAAAUCGAGAAACCAAGCAUCGACACGAAGGCGGAACAGACUGCGAUCGCAGCAGCGAUUAGCGAAGCGAUGGACAUCGACGAAGCAGAACCUCCUUCGCAGGAUGAUCAGCCAACAGAUUGGCGCAAGGAACUCAUCGAUUACCUCGCUGAAGGUUUAUUACCCACCGAGAAAUGGGACGCGCGGCGACUGAAGCGACGUAGCGCACACUACGUUGUCAUGGACGGGGAACUACACCGAUGGACCGCAACGAAGGUGCUACUCAAAUGUAUCUCCGGCGAAGAAACAAGACUAGUCAUGGCCGAAACACAUGAAGGAGCAGCAGGCAAUCACUCGGGCGGACGAGCUCUCACAUUAAAAGUAAAGAAUCUCGGAUUCUACUGGCCAACCAUGAACGCCGACUGCGAGACAUACGUGCGCAAGUGCGACAAAUGCCAGCGUCAUGCUUCCACCUUACACAGCCCAACGGAGUUCCUUCAUACCCUAACUGCUCCAUACCCAUUCAUGCGAUGGGGAAUGGACAUCAUCGGUCCGAUGCCGGCAUCUCGCCAAAAGAAGUUCAUCCUGGUCCUCACAGAUUACUUCACCAAAUGGGUUGAAACCGAAGCCUACGCCAGCAUCACCGACAAGGAGGUGCAAAACUUCGCCUGGAAGAACAUAAUCUGCCGACAUGGGCUCCCAUACGAGAUCAUUACAGACAACGGUUCACAAUUCAUCUUGCAUCAUUUCAAGGGAUUCUGCGACAGAUGGUGA